UCCACUCUCUCGUCUGACGCUUCGAACAUUAUUCCUCUUCAACCUUUCAAUUCACCUCGCCUUCUCUACACGGAUGCCGUUUGGUCCUAUGUCAGAGCUUACUGGCUCUGCUGCGAUCAUUGACAAAAUACUCUCUCCUGGAAAUCCGAGGAAUCCUGCACCCUCUUCAACCUCAGUCCCGACUAAGACCACCAACUCCACGACAACUAGGAAGUCGAAUAAGGAUGGAUCGAUGCCUGAUUACUACGGCUCAACAUGUUCAAUUUCCUUCACGAGGAGAUCUAACAAUCAGCCUCGAAGUCUGCAAGAAAGGAUUUCUAGGCGCGCUCUAGAUCCCUCAAGAGAGGAUGAACGAAGUGCUUUGUUUUUGACUGAAGCUGCUGAGAAAUGCGUGGACUCAUCAAGAACAUGGGGUGCGACUGCAGGGUAUCCUUUGGGGGUGGGUGUCUGUUAUUCCGUCGGUUACAUCGAUGAGCCAAAAUCAACUGUUGGUGGACAAAUCAAUGUCUUCAGACUUGGAACAGUUUCUGAAUUGAGUAGAAUCAGCGGAAUGGAUGCCGAUGAGCUGGAAGAAAGCACCCGGCUUGAACUCUCUUUCUUAUCGCAAAACGCACCGAGCGGCUCUGCAGAAUAUUCCAAGUCAAGUAUUGAAGGCGCCUUGCGUUUCUCCCAGGCGCCAUGGGCCCCUUUUGAUGAUCCUCAGCAUCUCAUAAAUCCUACGAAUCCACAGUUCACUGCGUCCUACGGGGAUACAGAAAUGGUACUUAUCGGGUCCUUUCAUUUGAACUUGAUGGAUGCUUAUGUUCCCAAGGCCUCAAGAAUCAGGAAGCGCGAUAAUGUUGACCGUGUGUCGGCCUUGAGCCCAUCUGGUGCCAGACUUGUCCGCCGAGAGACACCAAUCCUAGAGUCGCAUUUCUUUGAUCUCAGCGAUCAUCCCACAAAACGAUCACCGCUCGCUGGAACACAUCCAUGGGGGUUAUUCAAGCGACAAGCAGUGGCUCCAAUUUCAUCGGAUUCAGAAUUCAGCUCUGAUACCGCUUGCUCGGAUGCUGGCCUGUCUGCGAACAGCUUUUUCUCUGGUGACGGAAAAGAAGCCCUACCCCCUAUUGAAGACCGACGCAAGUCCUUCGUGUCUCCAUCCACAACAGCCCCUCUCAUUCCCCCAUCCCCCUUUUUAUCCCCAGCUCAACGGGAGGCCAACGCAACUUACGCGGUGCCUUCAACAUUCAUGGCAGCAAACUCUCUCCUUGCGGCAUCAGGAAUCAACUUCAAUGUAACCGCAUACCAGUUGCCUGGUCGAUAUUUGAUGGUCCUUCCAGUCGGGCUCAUUAUCUACGGUGCAUUAUCCCUCAUCGGCUUUCUCACGGUGAUGGCCGUGACCUAUGAACGCAAACAGUAUCGAGAUCAGUUUCGCAAGCGGAAGAAAGAGCAGCAGGGCCUUCCCUCCGGCGACUUUGAUAACUUCUCCGAUAGACGGGUCUAGACCGUCGCAGUCCAAAUAUCAGAUCAUCAGCAAGUCUUCAUCAAUAUCUUCUCAGCUCUCUCGGCCUUUGUCCAAAGUCUGCAACAAAAGACAUUCCCCUCUUGAUGUUCAUUCUGAUUCGAUCUCCCAUACAAUCUUCUUCUCCACUUAUCAUUAUUAA